GCAAACACUGCGUUGAGUAGUUGACAUCCUGAACGCCUUUUCUCUUCUCCAUACAGAAAGGUUUGCUUUUGAUCCUGUCCACAGCCUGAUCAACCAGAUGCUGCCAUCAUCUCAUCACCAACAAAAUUGUUGCUAUCGUCUCGAAUUCCCCCAGAAAAAUGGUGGUGGUGUCUCGACGCAGGAGAAGAGGAGGAGGAGGGAGGGCGCUGCAACGAUGCUGAGGCCGGCCCUGGCGUGCUGCAAGCUCUACAUCUCCGAGGCCCGCAACGCGCCGGCGCUGCGCGCCAUCGAGCGCGCCGCGGCGGCGCAAAGCCCGGCGGCCGUGCUCGUCAACGCGUUCGCCGACGACGCCUACAACCGAGUCGGCUACACGCUCGUCGCCCCACUCACCGGCGGCGGCGACCCGGCCCCGCCGCCGCUGCAUCGCGCGGCGUUCGGCGUGGUCGCGGCGGCGCUGGAGGCCGUGGACUUCGGCGCCCACGCCGGCGCGCACCCGCGGCUCGGCGUCGUCGACCACAUCGCCUUCCAUCCCUUGGCCGGGGCCCGCCUCGACGACGUUGCCGCGCUCACCAGGGCGGUGGCCGCUGACAUCGGAGACAAGCUUCAAGUGCCAACAUAUCUGUACGGAGCAGCUCACAGGGAGGGCAGAACACUAGCGUCCAUCAGGAGGCAGCUCGGCUACUUCACGCCCAACUCCCCCGGCGAGCAAUGGCGCGGCUCGCCGGACACGUCAUCGCUGCCCGUCGCCCCGGACGCCGGCCCAACGACGCCGACGAGGUCCAAGGGCGUGGUGGCCAUCGGCGCGACGGCCUGGGUGGACAACUACAACGUGCCCGUGCACACGGCCGACGUCGCGGCGGCGAGGCUGAUCGCGCGGGCGGUCAGCGAGCGCGGCGGCGGGCUGAGGUCGGUGCAGGCCAUGGGGCUCGCGCACGGCGAGGGCGUCACAGAGGUCGCCUGCAACCUGCUGGACCCAGCGAGGGUCGGCGCGGAUCAGGUGCAGGAGAGGGUGCGGCAGCUCGCCGCCGAGCAGGGACUCGCCGUUGGCGAGGGGUACUUCACCGACUUCUCCCAGGAGAGGAUCGUCGAGCUGUACAUGCAAUCAGCUGAAGCCGAGGCUUCCCAGCACUGAGUAAUUUUGGCACCGUGUGAAAACAAGUGAUGGCAGCAUCAUGCCAUAUCAGAACACUGAUUUUCAAGGGCAGAAAAGGAGAACAGAUCAACAUAAGGGCAAAAAAAACUAAUGAAAUUAUAGGAUUCCAUAGUCCAUCUAUCAAAUUAGCAGUUUAAAACUAUCAAUCAUGAAACCGAUUUACAUGUGCUGCGCAAAAGGUUGUAAAAGUGUGCCAGUAUCAAUGCAAUCCCAAGCCAGGUUACUUUCAA